UUGUUUAAAUUUUAAUUUUGAAUUUUUUUUAUUUUUAGGUACUUUUAUACUCGAACCUUUUAAAAUUCCGUUAAUUAAAAAUAUGGCUGACGAUAAUCAACAAAUGGCAAUGUCUGCUGUUCCUGCACAUUAUAAUGUUACAAUUCCCUUUGCUAGUGACAUUCCUGGAGGUGUUUUUCCGGGUAAAGCCAUACUUGUGAAAGGCGUUGUUUUGAACUUGGCAAAUGAUCAACGUUUUUCAAUUGAUUUGUGUUGUGGCAAAUUGGUGCAGGGUGAACAUAGAGACGAUAAGGCUUUACAUAUAAAUCCAAGAUUUGAUCGUGGACUGGCACUGUAUAAAUUAUUUAAAAUUUAUUUUAAAUUUUUUUUCAGCUUUUCAAAGCCUGACAGAGAUAUUGUAAUUAAUUCUUUAAUUAAUAAUGUUUGGGGGACAGAGCAGAGAAAUCAAAACAAUCUUGUUUUUGAAAAAUCUUUUUCUAUUAGAAUAUUAAUUUUGAGAGAUUAUUUUAAGAUUUCUGUAAAUGGAAAACAUUUAAAUGAUUUUGUGCAUAGAGUGCCUUUGGAAACUAUUAAAUGUAUUUUUAUUUGUGGAUGUGUUAGUAUUGAUGUUAUUGAAUAUCAGGGAACUAAACCAGGAAGUAUAACUUCUUGUCCAAGUGAAGAUAAUAGUGAUAGUUUAUGUAUAGAAGACGAAACUGGCCCAAUAGAAAUUUUAAAACCGAAUAUUCCUUUUAUUUUUAAAUUAAAUGGUGGAUUUCUUCCUCCACGAGAAAUUUUGUUGAUUUUGACACCUUUAUUAAAUCCAAUAUCUUUUGCAAUUAAUUUGGAGUGUUUAAAUGAUGAAUAUUUGUUCCACAUGAGAAUUGAUUUCCCAACACAAAAUUCUGCUGCUGGGGAUAGGGGCUCCGUUGUUCGAAAUAACACAUCACAAGGAGGUUUAUGGCAAAAAGAAGAACGCCAAAUGAGCCGUUUUCCAUUUUCACCCGGAAGUACAGCCGAUAUAAGAAUUAUUGCUUGUUUAGAAUCCCUUAAAGUAUUAAUUGAUGGUUGCCAUUUUUGUGAAUUUUAUUAUCGUUCUCCCGGUUCUGUACCCACACAAGUGAAUCGUGUAAGUGUGGUUGGUGAUGUUACCUUACAAAAAUUUACUUUGAAAAAAUGA